AUGGAAACCAUACAGUUAGACACGGACCCUUCUGCUUCUAACGAAGAGCACCCCGAUCCAUGGAAGUGUAUGGAAUCCAUACAGUUAGACGAUGAACAAACUCGCCCUUCCGACCACGGUGACGAGACGGCGGCGUGCACCCACUGGAUUAACUGGAUUGCCCGCACCAAGCACCUAUUGCGGGCGUGCACGACGCAGCCGUGGUUUUUGCAAUUACAAGCGGAAUGGAAACAAUAUUAUCAACAACAUGCUGAAAAUGGAGUAUACGGGCAGCGUGCACUCGGUGAAGCAGCCAACCCGCCGAUGCACAAAUUGGAUGCAUGGAACGGAUGGGUUGCCCAACAACAUGCGCUUAUGCAUAUAUAUGGUGCGGAGGAGUGGUUCCAACAUUUGUUGAAUAGUGUAGAGGAGGAGAACACAGAAGAGACGGGAUCCCAGAGGGAACAAACUUUGAACGCAAACAACAUCCCCACAGCACAGGAACUAGCAACCGACGCAGAAGCACAAAAGCGGGCCCCUGCAAAUAUACCGUUAACGAGGGUAAAAGACCCAGAACAGCAGCACCACCACCAUCCGCACUUGCUACAUACGGAGCACUUAACCGCUCACAAACUGUGGAUGCUAAUCCUCGCGGCCGUAAUCGAAGAAUGCGAACUGGAGCAUAGUAUGCAGGAUAGGGAGUUAUAUUUGGAUGCCCUAUUGGAGCAACUGUGA